GAUGAGGGCGAGGUGGGCUCGUGACUGCGGCCCGGGAACACGAUGGCCGCGCUGCAGGCGGCUCUGAAGAACCCUCCGAUCAACACAAAGAACCAGGCAGUGAAGGAUCGCGCAGAAAGUAUUGUCCUGAAGGUCCUCAUCUCUUUCAAAGCCAACGAUACUGAGAAGGCGGUGCAGUCGCUGGACAAGAACGGUGUCGACCUGCUGAUGAAGUACAUCUACAAAGGCUUUGAGAGCCCCUCGGACAGCAGCAGCGCUGUGCUGCUGCAGUGGCACGAGGAGGAGGAGAUUGAAGCUCACGCGGCUGUUCAUGGCGUAGAACACGUUGGCGUUGCUCGGGAUCACCAGUUCUGCAAAAGAGGGACCAGAGCCUUUUGCAGAGUGGAUUUGCAGCCCUGCCCGUGGCGGCCGGCGUGCGCGCAGCCAGGCACCGCUGGGCCCCGGCUCCUUGCCCUGCUGCGCCUCCUCGGGCAAAGCCCGCAGCGAGGGGUGCCCACGGCAGCCGUCCUGCAAAAACGGGGCGGCAGGCCCGCAGAGGGGAGGAGGAAGGCGGCCAAACCCAGCCCACCCCUCCAGCCUGGCGGGAGGAGGCUGUGCCGAAAGCCCCGGCGCUUGCCCGGCCCGAGGGCUCGGCGGGCGCCCUGCACGCCCGGAGCUCUGCCAGGGAGCUCUGCCUCGGUAAAGCCGCCUGCUGACAGCCCGGGAUAAACCGUCCCCGCGCCCCAGUUAGCGAGGGGGGGGAUUCGCACUGGCGGCUGGGACAGCACGGCCGCGGCCUUUGGAAACGUUGCUUCACAUUUUACUCUUCCCUUCCGA